CGUAAGCGGAUGCACCGUGUGUAAUUAUUGGCUCUAUCAUAGGCAGCCUCGCUUCGCCGUCUAGGCGAGUGCACACGCCCAUUUCUCGCGUAUCCAUUAGCAACCACCUUGCCUUCGCUCCUCGCGGCUCCGGGAAUUUGAAAAAUUCCUCGUAACUGGGUCAACUUCGAUUUCGGUGGGGGCGAGUUACGAGCCGAGCUUAUGAGCGCACGCGCGCGUUACAUCCCGUACGUGCGCGCGUGUGUGUGUGUGGAUGCGCGCAAUUUUGUGUUUACCGCAACGGCUGAGGUGCGAUAUAGGGUGCACGACCGCGGAGCGAUGCAAAUUUAAUUAAAAGGAGAGGCGACACACCGCGGGAUGAGAGCUCUUCUCCCUUCUGCGUUACGUACUUCACACGUCGAGUAACGCGUGACGUGAGGAAAUUUGCGAAACGCCUGUAAAACCUGCGAUUAUCGGUUUUAUGGGAGCCGGGAGAGUUUGUUAAUUGGAGCGAUAGCCCGACAGGGCUUUUACCGCGCGUCGUCAGCGAAAGAUUUAUUCAGAUACAGAGCGUGAAGCAUGAGGCUAGCCGUGUGUAUUCUCUCUACCCUGAUCCUUCAGGUGGCUUCAAUUAAUUCGCCGCCACGGAUAUUUAAGCAGCCGCCAUCAGAUGAGAUAUUGUUUCAAGUGAGUCAAAAGAAGAUCAAUGAGAACGAUAAGCCGUUUGUGAUCGAAUGCGAAGCGGAAGGUGAACCACGAAUAGAUUAUUACUGGAUGAAAAAUGGCAAAAAUUUCACAUGGUCGACGUACGACGAACGCAUAAGCAAGCCGGCUGCUAGAGGUACUCUUACAAUAUUGAGGCCAGCGGAGGAAGACGUGGGGCAAUACCAAUGUUUCGCCGAAAACGCUUUGGGCAUAGCCACGUCGAACUCGGUAUUUGUGCGAAAGGCCGAGUUGAAUUCAUUCAAAGACGAGAAUCCGGUGAUCAUGUCAGCGAAGGAGGGUAGUCCGUUCAAGCUCACCUGCCAUCCGCCCGAUGGCUGGCCUAAGCCGAACGUUUAUUGGCUGAUUCAGGAUAUCGCCGGUGGUAUCAAGUCGAUCAACAACUCGCGCAUGACCAUAGACCCGGAGGGGAAUUUGUUCUUCAGCAAUGUGACCAAGGCCGACGUCUCGGACGACUUUUACUACGCCUGUGCCGCCACGUCUGUGUUCAGGAACGAAUACAAGAUAGGCAAUAAAGUCAUACUGACGGUGAAUUCGGAAAGCUCGACUGGCGGCAUGAUCAAGCAUAAGCCCGAGGAGCAGUAUCUUACGAGGAGGAGCGAGGUGGCCUUGCGCGGCAAAAAGAUCGAGCUGUUCUGCAUAUACGGUGGUACACCGUUGCCGCAGAUCAUCUGGAGCAAAAACGGCGAGUCGAUUAAAACGGGCGAUCGGAUCAGUCAAGGGAAUUACGGCAAGUCUCUCAUCAUCAAGCACGUCAACUUCGAUGACCAGGGCACGUACACUUGCGAGGCGUCGAACGGAGUUGGUUCGGCCAAGACGCACUCCAUCAAUCUGCAGGUGAUGUCGGUGCCGUAUUUUACCGUCGAGCCAGAGAUCGUGAACGCUGCGGAGGACGAGACCGCGGAAAUUAAGUGCGAGGCCAGCGGAGUACCCGCGCCGGAGAUUAAGUGGGUCUACAACGGCCGACCGUUGUCCGCGGCGCCGCCGAACAGCAGGAGAAAGCUCACCUCGAAUUCCAUCAUCAUCGAGAGGCUAGUGAAGUCUGACACGGCCAAUUACGGCUGUAACGCCACCAAUUCGCUGGGAUAUGUUUACAAGGACGUAUACAUAAACGUUUUGGCGCUCGAGCCAGAGAUCACGCAACCGCCCACGGACAUGGACACGGUAGACGGAAAGACCAUACUGAUCACGUGCCGUGUCUUCGGGGCGCCCAAACCGGAAGUCAAGUGGAUCAAGAACGGACAGGAACUGACCGGCGGUCGUUACAAGAUCCUGGAGACCGGGGACCUGCAGAUUGAGGCUGUGUCCUUCUUAGACGCGGGCACUUAUACCUGCCACGCCUCCAACAAAUUGGGCCAGGUAGACGCGUCCGCCACCUUAAUGGUUAAAGAGCACACGAGAAUCACCGACAAGCCGGAGGAUUACGAGGUAGCCGCGGGAUCCAGUGCCACGUUCAGGUGCAACGCCGUCACGGACUCCUCCCUAACUCUGACCAUAGAUUGGUACAGUAACGGCCAGCCGAUAGAGUUUGAGAUAGAGCCGAGGUUCGUACGCAGCACCGAUUACUCCUUGAUGAUCACGAAGACGAUAGAGCUGGACUCCGGUAUCUACACAUGCGUCGCACGUACCGAACUGGACGAGGCGAGAGCUCAAGCGACUCUUAUCGUUCAGGAUGUACCUUUCGCACCAAGGUUGGAAGGAAUCAUGUGUAACACGAGCGAGGCGAAGGUUACAUGGAUCCCUAUGGGAGAUAACAGAGCUCCUAUCUUGCGUUACACUAUCCAGUACAACACCAGCUUCACGCCAGACGUUUGGGAAAUAGCCAAAGACAAUGUUCCGGCCAGUCUCCUGACCGAGAUCAUACCUAUGUCACCUUGGUCUAAUUACACGUUCCGUGUCAUUGCGUGGAAUAAAAUAGGCCCAUCUCUACCGUCGCCGCACAGCGACACUAUUUGCACCACCAUACCGACCAGGCCCACCAAGAAUCCCGACAACGUUGCGGGCAAGGGUACAACACCUCAAAAUUUGGUGAUCACUUGGACGACUAUGCCGCAGAUAGAUCACAAUGGCGACAAAUUCAUGUAUAAAGUGUAUUACAAAAGGGAUAUACCGGGCUUGGAUUGGAUUCCACGAGAGGUAAACGAUUGGAGGAGGAACAGCCUGGAGAUAGACAAUCAGCCUACUUAUCAGAGAUAUAAGAUCAAAGUCAUCUCUGCCAACGUAAUAGGAGAAUCCAAAGCUAUGGUCGAUGAAGUCGUCGGAUAUUCCGGGGAAGACGUGCCUUUACAAGCGCCUGGCAAUUUCACGCUGUUACAUUUGAAAUCGAGCACAACUGCCCAGCUGUCGUGGACUCCGGUGCCGGAGGAAUCGGUGAGAGGUGAGCUGCAAGGAUACAAGAUUCAAACGUGGACGGAAAAGCAGGGCGAGAAAGGGAUGCACGAGAUUGACAUUCACGGUGGAAACACGACUCAAGCGGAGGUCAGCAAAUUUAUCCCGUACAGCAAGAAUUUCGUGAGGAUACUCGCUUACAACGGCAGAUACGUCGGACCCGUGUCUGAAAUUUUAAGUUUCGAAACACCGGAAGGGGUGCCAGGAACGGUGCUCAGUUUAGAAGCGUUUCCGAUGGGAUCGAGCGCUUUGUUCCUCGUCUGGACGCCACCCGCCGAACCGAACGGUAUUUUGACCGGGUAUAGGAUUUAUUAUCAGGUCGUGAGUGGCACGAGAUUAGAAACUUUACUCGAAAGGAAGCCGCAUAUUACAGAUGCGGACGCUACGAGUGCCAAAUUAGCUGCGUUAGCGUCCGAUACGAAAUAUCGCGUUCAUAUACGUGCGACGACCAAAGAGGGACCAGGCAACAAUUAUUUCAUCGAACAAAAGACACGCAUGUCUCAGCGACCCGAUGUACCGCAGUUCACGUGGAUAACUGUCCCGUCUGAGACCGGUUAUUCAAACAUAAAGAUCGUUUGGGAACCGAAUCUUAACGGCAAUCCAGGAAGUCAUUUCUUCGUCAAGUAUAAGCUCAAAGGUGAAACGAUAUUUUUGAUGACGGAUCCCGAGUUCCAAACCAAUACCAUUGAGAUACGCGGUCUCCAGAGCGGUGAGCUCUACACAAUGUCAGUCGUUGCUGUGGACGGCGAAUAUUUGACUGAAAGCCCUCCUCAGGACGUUGAGACGAGCAGCGAAGGACCCAUUAUUCAGCCGAAGGAAAAUGUCGCUACAGCCGGAUGGUUCAUAGGAAUGAUGCUGGCGAUUGCCAUUCUCCUGUUGGUGCUGAUAGUCGUUUGUGUGAUCAAACGAAAUAGAGGCGGCAAGUACGCGGUGCACGAGCGAGAAUUAGCCGCCGGACGCGGCGAUUAUCCUGAUGAGGGUGGGUUCCACGAGUACUCGCAGCCAUUGGACACGAAAUCGGCCGGCGGACGUGCGUCCUUGGCGUCGUCUUCUCAUCAGGACGGCAAACAUCCCGAAUCCGACACCGACUCGAUGGCAGAGUAUGGCGACGGUGACACAGGACGCUUCACGGAAGAUGGUUCAUUCAUCGGACAAUACGGACCUAAAGGUAGACCAGAGGAAACGCCACCCAUUCCAACUGGUACUAUGGCCACGUACGUGUAACCUCUGCAACUAUCUUAAUCAAGCCACCAUAAAGGAAGAAAGAUAGGAGGAGAAACGGAAAAAGGAAAGGAAAAACAUUUUCUCUUUACGGCCGAGGGUUCCGAUCCUCGGCCUAUUGCAGCAGUUCUGCUAAGCACCUUGCGCUGGGCGCAAUGUCCAACACUAUACUGCCAAUUAGACUUUGGUUUUGGGUUUUAUAAUUUCCAUAGAAGUCACACGAACCUGGUCUUACGUGUACUCGCUUCAGGACGCGAGCUCUACUUCCUGAUGACGGUGUUUAGAUAACGAUUUAUCAUUUGCAUCGCUAAGGUGUCACAAACAUUCCCAAUCUUUCAUUUAACUGGUCUCUCCGGACACGCAAGUGGAGGAGUGGGAAGGGGGAAGAUUAGUUACAUGGAAAUCUAGCUUGCAUUGCGAUUAUCGUUGCCGUCGGAUCGGCAAUCGGCGACGAGAGUGCUCAUGCGUCAUACAAGUAUAUCUCUAUAUUGAUUAUAAAACCCAAGAACUAUAGGUGUUUCAUAGCGUGCAAGCUAUUUAUGGAGGAUAGUACCGUAGAGACUACUCUAGCAUUGACCGUAAUCUUUGAACAGAGCCAGGUUGAAUUAGACAGUUCGAUCUAUCGGUGGUGAUGAGGUAUACGAGUUGCACAUUCGGACUCGCGCGCAAAUGUGAGGUACUUUUAAGACUGCGUGUAGUAUCCGAUGUUUCGCGACAUGCCGACGAUGCCGAGAGCAGUUCAUGAUAUGCGAGCAUCGUUUUAUCGCUUGUCGUUAACCCUUUGCACUCCGGGCGCCAACCUGGCUGGCACUCGGAGCGAUUUUGGCAUUCUGAUCCAUUCCGACUCGGCGAAAUGCCAAGCGGUUUAACAAUCAAAUUACGUUAAUUCAGAGAGAAUUACGGACUAUUAUAACUGACUGUUGAUACAAAUGUAUUCUUCCGCUUGUAGUUCGACGGUGUUCAUGAGCGUUUACUGUCAACAUCGCGCAAAAAAUUGCGAAAAAGAGCGCGAAGGGUUAAUACUGGCGAGUGAAUAUGCGAAUUUUAUAACGAAUAUAUGGGAAUUACUUGAUGAAAUUCUAAGCAAAAGAACGCACGAUAUAAAUAGUGAUAUAUAGUGAAUGACACGUUAGUUACAUGCAAUCUUAAAGAAAGAGAGGAAGGGAAGAGAGCAGUGGCACGAGCAAUGAAAUAAGAUAGUGUCGCAAUCUGGCUUCGACUGAAUUUAACUUUAAUCUUCUAACGGACGGUUAUUCUAAGGUUUAGCCGCAAGUCGAUUUUUACUCUGCCGUGAAAGGGCCAAAUCUAAACGAAUGAAUAAUUAUCCUACGAUUAUCACGCACUUACACCUUCAUUAUUAACAGACAUACAUGUACACGUAUGUGCGCGCGUGUAUGCGCGAGUAGGGAUACUCGAAUGACGAUGAUAUAAACACGGAUGGAGUAAUAUUAAAAAGACGAUUUUGUAUAUGCACCAUGAUAGAUAACAAAGAUCAUAAGGCCUCUAAAUAAUUGUUGCUUUUUGUAUGUAAAACAUGCAUUGAUGAGAACCUUUCUUAUUUUUAUGAGGAUUUUACUUUGCUUUUUUUUUCAGUAAUUUUAUUAUAAUCCAAUAAUUAUAAGA